GCAGCUAAACCAGGCCAGGCGAAGAAAUCGAACAAUUAUUUCUCCUUUUCUUUGAUCUCGUGAACUCUUCUUUAAGAAACUUUUGCAUAAUCAAUUGAAAUUUCCAUACCACAGAAAAGCAAUUUCCAAUCUUUUCAACUGGAUCUUCUUCUAACCCUCCUUUUAUCCCAUCUUCUUGAUCGAACUUUUUAAAUUAUAUAAAUUUCAAAAUAUUGUGAGCGUCGGAAUUUUGCUAUAAGAAUACGAAUCUGGACAAAUAGAAAUUGAUGUCUGUGCCUGAUAAGGAGAUCUUCAACGCGAUUGGCACUGGCGAUGGGGUCCAUUCCAGGGAUGCCGAAGUCGACGACGACGACGAUAGUGGAAAGAAGCAGAGUGGUGAGAGACAUGGUGGUGGUCGUGGUGAUGGUGGAUGUACAAGAUAUUUCACAAAGGCAAAGCAGGUGGUUCUACGGCCAUUCACAAAAGCCAAGAAGCAACUCCACAGAAAAAUGAAUAAGAGGACUUCCUCCUCUUCUUGUUCUGCGGUGGCAAAUGCCGAGAAUUCAGGUAAGAGGAUUGGUUGUGUUGGUCGUCGUAAAGGUUGUUACUUCUGUUCCACACAACCCCAGACUUUGGAAUCACCGACUGGGUCUUGCGCAAGCGACCCAAAUAGCCCAAAUUUCACCUAUGACAUGCUGAAAGCUUUUAUAGAAAAGAAUGAUUUCUAUUCUAAAGAAUGCAAUCCCCACUUAGAUUUUGAUCUCACUGCGGGCGGUACAGAAUGAAAGACUCGUGUGUAAUCAUUUCCUUAACAUCGUUAUGCUCUUGUUGUGUGGUAGUAAUUGUUCGGAUUAUUAUCAGUAGCUUUGGAGAGGUUAAAAAACAUACAGUUGAAGGCGACAGUAACUGAGCUCAUUAUGCAAUUCCAGGCAUUAAAUAUGUAUGGAUUAUGAAAGAAUUUUGUGAACUACUGGAAGUCUAAUGCUCUGUGUUAAUGAGGAAGUAUUUCCUAGAUGUUUCAGUCAUGUUCCUUGUUAGCCUCAAUGGUAUAGACUACAAGCUGAGGAUCCCUGCUGCUGAAAGUUGUGAGAACGGAGCUUGAGUCCAUCCAAUGUUAUUGUGAUAUAUCAAUUCGGAUCCUUCUUUCGUUGUGCUACACGUCAUUUGGCAUCCCGCAUUACCUCCCAUUGUUCAAUGAAGAAAUUCAAUCUUCUGUUAUACGUGGCAGUCAGUUGUCACCUUCCAUACAAAGUAUAGGUGCAGGUAGCUGAUAUUUUGUACAAUCUAUAUGUUUUCUACAGGAAGAGUAGAUUGAUCCUUUACUGGAGUGGAAGAGGUUGUUGGAAACUUUCAUUGUUUCAAGUUAUAUAGCCUUUUUGUUUAAUUAAUUUAUUUUCAUACA